GUUCCAAAUAACUUUUUGAGCGCCAUCCUCACCGCGAUGUCAAAAUGAAACAAAACAACCGACUUUUCAAAAUCCUGUAAACGAGAAGAAGCCGCCGCCGCACUCAACCUUCUCGAGGCCAGCUGCAAGCUCUGGCUGGCGAUCUUGUUUAUUCGUGAUCGUGAAAUUGUUGUUUGUUGAGUUUUUGUUUUGUUGCGUUUGUGAAAUUAGAGAGAGGCGAUGGCUCCGGGUAAAAAUCCAGCUGGUGGUGGAGGUCGCAAAAAAGCCGCCAAUGGAUACCAGAUGCCGGCGCCGGUCCCUUCCGGCACCGUGCUGACGGAUAUGGCGAAGCGCCAGUGGAAGGUUGGUCCGUCGAUCGGAAGCGGCGGAUUCGGGGAGAUCUACUGCGCGUGUGAAGUCGGUUCGAGCGUGAAAAAGCCGGACGAUUAUCCCAAUGUUGUCAAAAUUGAACCUCAUGGAAACGGUCCACUGUUUGUGGAGAUGCAUUUUUAUAUGCGCAAUGCGAAGCGGGAUGAUAUUGAACGAUUCAAAAAGGAGCGCGCCCUCAAACAUCUGGGGAUGCCUUAUUUUGUUGGCAAUGGGUCACACGAGCUGCAAAACAUGAAGCAUCGAUUUCUGGUGAUGCCUCGCUAUAGCACCGAUUUGUGGGGAAUUUUUCUGCAAAAUGAGAAACGAUUUCCGCUGCAUACGGUGUAUCGGAUAGCGUUGCAGAUGGUGGAUGUGUUGGAUUAUAUCCAUGAAUGCACUUAUGUUCACGCUGAUUUGAAGGGGGCGAAUAUUUUGCUCGGUUUUGGAAAGGUAGCCAACAAGCAGCAGCUGUUCCUAGUUGAUUUCGGUUUGGCUAGUCACUACACAACGAAAGACUUCAAACCGGAUCCGAAGAAGAUGCACAAUGGUACCAUUGAGUAUACGUCGCGGGAUGCACAUAUGGGAGUGCCGACAAUGCGUGGCGACAUGGAAAUAUUGGCUUAUAAUGUGGUGCAGUGGACAGGAACGCAACUUCCCUGGGAGGCAGAGAAGUUACUGGCAAACCCAAGCAAAGUGCAGGAAUCGAAAGAAAAACACAUGAAGGAUGUGGCUGGAUUUAUGAAGUAUUGCUUUAAAAAGGACAUUCCCAAGCCUAUCAAUGAGUAUGUUAAGUAUGUUGCGGCAUUAAAAUAUAACGAAAAACCAGACUAUAAAAAGUGUAGACAAUUCUUUGAAACGGGUCUUAAAGAUAUGAACAAAUCAAAUUCAGGCGAUUUAGAGUUCGCGGUCAAGGCAGUGCCAAGUGGAUCAUCAAAAAAGAAGGUCGUAGAACCAGACUCAACGGAAUCUUCCGGACCGAUGAGGGAACCACGUAGGCGUGCAGCUAAAGUUAUAGAUACUUCCCCAGAUACUACUACUUCCGACCCCAAAGUUGCCAAACGAAAGCCGGAAACCCCGUCUAAGCCGGUUCAGAGGAAGAAAAAAAUGACGAUGGCCGAUACACCAGAACCCGCGCUGGGAGAUAACAAAACUUCAACCCCUGCGUCGGAAGUUGUUUCCACAAAACUAUCCGCCCUGGAACAAUCAGGAUCCAUUCGGUUGGCCACAAAUAGUGGAAAUGGCAGCACACCGAAAACCGGUAAGGUCAAGAAAACGUAUGCCUUCAAUUUCGAGCUAGACGUGAGCAUCGAUGCGGAUGUAAUUGUGAACGUGAAGCGGAAGAAGAAACCAGUCCUUACUCCACAAAAUUCACCCGUUCCGUCUAAAUCCCCCGUCCAGCAGAGCAACAAAUCACCAUGCCUGUCGCCAAGCCUUCCUUCGAAGCGACCUCGCAGACGGAAUGCUUCCUACCAGGAUAGCCCCGCCCAGGAAGAAGAAGGCAGCAUAAUAUCGCUCAACACAACCGAAUCGUCGGUGCAGCCGGAUGACGACACCGUUCCGAACAGUGAUCCCAACACACCGGAGCCCCGUUAUCAAGCGUCUCGGUCGAUAAUACAAACGCCCCGGCGGAAACGGAACCAACCGGAGGCUGCACCCUUGGUGCGACUCAAUGCCCGGGCACGAGCGGGCGAAUACAAAGGGAAGAAAGCAAAAUCAUAAGCAUGCCACUUUGCACCACCACCACUGGCCUGCAGAUGACGCAUUUCGUUCCGAAUUAGCCUGCCCUCUCCCCGCAUUAACUGUUGUCGAGUUCUCGUCAAUCAUUGCUUUUUUUUCGUUUAUAUUCCAUUGUUUUGUAAUGUAUUUUAGUUAGUAUUAUUGGGAUUAAUAAAAUCUUCCGUACUCGAUGUUAGUGCGAAGAACAUUCAACCGAAA